UUUUUUUUUUUCUUAUAUCUCCUUUUUUCUUCAUUAGUUUAACAAAAAAGACCUUAUGACUACACUUAGAAGAUUAUAUCCAGGUAGUCGUCUAGAGAAAACUUUCAAUUGGCCUAUUGAACCUUUAGAUAAUCUAGAAUCAUCUUUUAACGUACAAGAAUAUCUACAACAAGUGAUUAGAUCAGAUCGUAGUAAUGUUGAACAUAUUGUAGAACUUCCUGAUACUGUUGAUAAACAAGUAUGGCAAUAUGAACAUCUUAGACAAGUUUGUUUAGAACUUAGUCUAUUAGUAGUAGCUUUGGAACCUGAAUGUACAAAAGAAAAUUGUCCUGAAAUGAAAGCUGAUGGUUGGCUUUACUUAUGUGCUGCUCAUCCUUCAACACAAUCAUGUCCUGCCAUUGAUUAUAUUAUUCAUACUUUAGAUGGUGCAACUAUUCUUUUAAAUAAUUCAAAAUACUUUCCUAGCAGAAUCUCAGUUCCUGAACCAUCAUUGAAACAUUUUCAAUCUAUUGCCCGUCGUUUAUAUCGUAUUUUUGCACAUGCUUACUUUCAUCAUCGUGAAAUAUAUGAACUUUUUGAAGUAAAGUAUCUUAAUAAAUUAUUUAAUAUUAUUUUAACUGAUUUUACGUUUUCUUUAGAAUGAUACAUAUUUAUAUGCAAGAUUCCUGUUAUUAUCAAGAAAAUAUGGUUUGGUUCCUCCAGAAUUAGUCAGUAUUCCAGAUGAAAAAGAAGAAUCACACAAUAAUGAAGAAGAAGAAGAAGAAGAUGAUGAUGUGGAAAGUACUAAUCAUCAAGACAACAAUCAUUCUACAACAAAGUCAAUAGAAGAUGAUAAUCGAAGUGAAUUGACG